AGACUCACUGGUGGCUCAAACGUUCGCAGACGGCCCUGGACUUUCAGAAGCUGAAGCGCAGGCUGCCAUGUUCCUGGUCAACUGGUUCUUCGACGUGCUCGGAUACCUGGGCCUCAGCAACAAGAAUGCGAAGAUCUUGUUCCUGGGACUCGACAAUGCGGGAAAGACCACUCUGCUCCACAUGCUGAAGGAUGACCGCAUCGCCACGCACGUGCCAACCCUGCACCCACACUCGGAGGAGCUGAUGAUCAAAAACAUCCGUUUCCGCACCUACGACCUGGGGGGCCACGAGACGGCCCGGCGCAUCUGGAAGGACUACUUCGCCACGGUGGAUGGCAUCAUCUUCUUGGUGGACGCCGCAGAUCGCACGCGCUUUCAGGAAGCCAACGAGGAGCUGAAUGGCCUCCUCAACGAGCAGGCUCUUUCCAACGUGCCUUUCGUGGUGUUGGGAAACAAGAUCGACAUCCCCACUGCCGCCUCGGAGGAUGAGCUCCGAAACGCGCUGGGGCUGUUCAGCCACAUGACUUACGGCCGCGAUGCCAAGAAGGGCGACAGCGCGGUGCGGCCGGUGGAGCUCUUCAUGGUGAGCGUGGUGAAGCGCAUGGGCUACGCAGAAGGCUUCCAAUGGCUCUCCAACUUCUUGAAGUAAGGGCCAGGAUCUGAGCCGAGUGCCGACAGACACCAGGCCCAUGCCACGCGGUUCCCCGGUGCCGGCUUUGGUGAAUGGCUUGUAUGAGCUUCUCCCUUCCCGACUCCGGGCACAGCCGCGCUUCGUCAGCGUCUCUUCGCCGUCGGGAGCUGGCGUGGGCCGGGUUUUUGCUUGGACGCUGUGCGCCCGCGUUCCUGGCAUAAUUCGACAGAGGUUCUGACCUCUCGUAGCCGAGAGCCGCGCCCGAGGGAGUCGGGCAUUUGGCACUUCUUUGGAU